AGCGGAGAUCCACGAAUGGGGUAACUAACUUGUUCCUUGCACGCCUCGUGUCUCACUAGUUUCCCGCGCGAAUCACGAAACAUGCCUCACAUGCAAGUCGUAGAUCGCCAUACCACCUGGCAAAAGGGGGCAAGUAUAAAAAGUUGAUGCUUUUCAGCUUUUCCCACCAAUGGCAUUAUGUUAGGGGGUAUAGCGACUCGAGCCGUCCUUUGUUUCUUUCUCAAGGCUAGUCCCUCGUUUCUACUUAUAAGCCGAGACUAUAUUCGUUCUUUUCGCCUAGUCGACAUCUCGUUCUUUACAGCUCAGUCCAGCAUAAUGCAUAACCUUGCGGUUCUCGGUCUUGCCACUCUGGCCCUCGCAGCCCCGAGCACUCUCAACGAGAGAGCUACUACUUGUACCUUCACUUCGGUAGACACUUUGGCAUCGAAGAAGAAGUCUUGUACCGACAUCGUGAUCAAGGGGGUCACUGUUCCAGCUGGGCAGACACUUGACUUGACCGGCCUUACUACCGGCACAACCGUCACUUUCCAAGGCACGACGACAUUCGCGUACAAGGAGUGGGAGGGCCCCCUAAUCAGUGUCUCGGGAACCAAGAUCACCGUUCAGGGCGCCAGCGGCCAUGUCAUCGACGGCCAGGGCGCAAAGUGGUGGGACGGAAAGGGCAGCAACGGAGGCAAGACGAAGCCCAAGUUCUUCUACGCCCACAGCCUGACGUCUUCGACGAUCACCGGACUCAACAUCAAGAACACCCCAGUCCACACCUUUUCUAUCAACGGUGCCAAGGGCCUAACGCUAGACCACAUCACCAUCGAUAACUCCGCCGGUGACUCCGGCGGCGGCCACAACACCGACGCCUUCGACGUCGGCUCAUCCGAUAAUGUAAAAAUCAUCGGCGCCAACGUCAAGAACCAAGACGACUGCCUAGCCAUCAACUCCGGCACCAACAUCGAGUUCACGGGGGGCACGUGCUCGGGCGGCCACGGCCUGAGCAUCGGGUCGGUCGGCGGCCGCAGCAACAACGAAGUGCGCAACGUCGUCAUCUCGGGGUCGACCAUCAGCAACUCGCAGAACGGCGUGCGCAUCAAGACGGUGUACGACGCGUCGGGCGCCGUCAGCAACAUCACGUACUCGGACAUCAAGCUCAGCAACAUUUCCAAGUACGGCAUCGUCAUCGAGCAGGACUACGAGAACGGCAGCCCGACCGGCACGCCGACGACCGGCGUCCCGAUCACCGACCUUACCAUCAACAAGGUCACGGGCACCGUUGCGAGCGAUGCUACCAAUGUGUACAUCCUGUGCGGCAAGGGGUCUUGCAGCAAUUGGAAGUGGACCGGUGUCAGCGUUUCGGGCGGCAAGAAGAGCUCUAAGUGCGCGAACAUUCCGUCGGGAGCUGCUUGCUAGGUAUUUUGUCGAGUCAAGCCGAGUUGAGUCGACUAUUGUGUCUACGUAGCCGU